GGUAAAGUUGAAAAGGGGUCAGAAUUGUCUACCAUGCCCGUCAGAAUAAAAAGGUUCCGAAUAAAAAAGCCAGUAGGUGGCGCUUACGUACCUCAACUUGAUUGGUUGCUCAGAUAGCUAUGUUAAUUUUCAUCUAUGUUAGAAGCAUGCGCAUUGACACAUGGCGCGGGAAGCCAUCUUGAAUUUUCAUAAAUGAAAAAUAUCCUCAACCAAAGACACUGCAAAUGCUGUAACAGAUUAAUCCUUGAUACACCAUCGUGAGGUGGCAGAGAUGUCAGCUACAGAAAAAGCAGUUUGCAGCCUGACUUUGCCGUAUCCUUCUAAUGUCGGAAAGAGUACAAACUGUGUGACUAGCACCAUGCCAGUGUCUGAGGAUAUGGAUUCUUCCAAGCCAACAAGUACCAGUGACUGUAAUGGUGGAACUAACGGGGUCAGCAAAGGCAUCAGUCUCAACCUUGCACAGACACUGGUCAACCUUAAAGCUCUCAAUGGGCAAGCAAAGUUUAGUAAAGAGGAAAAGAAUGUCACAAACAAAGAGGAAGACAUCGUCAUACUGGAUCACAGUCCAACAUCAGAUGCUACCCCCGUUACCCCUAAAACAGCUGCGUCUGGCUCUUCUUCGUCUCCAAGUCUCUUCCCUGCCUCACUGCUUCCCAAGCCUCCUGUCUCUGUGACUGAAGGGGUGCGACAGGCAACCAGUACUGUAUAUGAACACUCUAAAGCUAAUAAAUUUGAAAUUAAUGAAAGAGUACGGAGCUCUUUUAAAGAUAUUAUGUCGAAAAUUCAAGAAAAUACUCCAAGUUUACAGAAUCUUCUAGCUAAAACCAAAGAUUUAGACACACGAGAAAGGAAGGAGGAGAGGGAAAGACUUGAGCGUGAACAACAAGCUGCCAAGGCUAUGUCAACCAUGGGCAAAGGAAGUGGAGAUAAUGUGUUUGAAAACUUAAAGGGAUUAAACUGUGAUACUGACCUUGGAGAGGAGAAACCUGUUCAUAAAAAUGUUGAAGUUGUUGUUGGUUCCACUGCACCAAGUAUAAAACCGUUGACAUCUAGUAUUAGUAAUUCAAAGGACCAGGAUGUGAUUUUAUUGGAUGAUCUGGAUGAAGAUGUAAAAACUAAAAAUGUAGAAUCCUCAUCUGAGGAGAAUAAAGAGGUAGUGAAAACGGACCUAACUGAGGUGGCUCAAACCAUACAAGACUGUGAUAAUUCAACCAAUGUGCAAUCAUCUAUCAGGGAUUCUUCCAAGUCUCCCAUUUGUAUUGAUAUUGACAAUUCGUCUGAGAAUGAGGCACCUAAAAUAACUGAAAGCAGUAGCACACUCAAGGCAGAGGAAGAGCUACUCAAGUUAGACAAGGAGGACCCUUCUGAUAAAAAGGAUGAAGAAGAGAUGGGUACGAACGAAGAGGAAGAACGGCUUCUGGCAUCUGAUUCUGAUGAUGAUAAAGUCAAGGAAGUCAUCUCGGAGGAAAAAGAAGAAAAUCAAGAGUUUACAAAAGAGACUGAAAAUAUGGAGACAGAUGGAAAGGUGAAAGAGGAUGAUUCUCUAGUGAUAGAAACAAAACAGGAAGACAGCAAUAAUUGUGAUGGGAAAGUUAGUAAGGAAGAUGUGAAAGAAAAAAGUGUGACAAUACAGACAAAAGAUGACACUGAAAAGAUAGUAAAAGACCAUAAAUCAGAUGUUGAUUCAACAGAGAAAGAAAACACAAUUCUCGUAAAAGAGGAGGCUGGCAAAGAUGAAGUGAAGAAGGAGGUGAAGAUGGAUGUAGAUGAGGACAAUAAUAGUCAGUCUAGUUCCUCUAGUAGUGACUCCAGUUCUUCAAAGAGCAGUCAAGAUGAUAUCAAAGUCAAGAAGGAAGUCAAGGCCGAAGUUAAAUCUGAAGACAGUGAUACUUCAGCUACUGAAUCCUCAGAUCGUAAAAGGCCAGCGGACAACUCAAAUUUAUCGGCUCAACCUAAACGCUCUCGACUUGACAUGGUAAUAGGCAAACUUGGUUCUGCAAUCGGCAUCCAGCCAGAUACUCUGAAAGAUGAACCUGAUGAGGAAAUGUCUGACAUUGAAGAGUCUCAUGAGAGUGAAGUGACAGAAUCUGUCAAGUCGGAAGACACCACCUCUUCAGUCACAGAGGAUGAAGAUGACAGCCAAGACUCGCCCAAAAAGAAGGCAAAAGUGAAAAAACAUAGGAUACGACUGACAGAAUCUGAGUUGGACCAGAUUGUGCGCACAAAGGUGAAGAUGUAUAUGAAAGUAGAAAGGGAUGAAAGAUAUAAAGAAAUGCAGGAAAAGGUUGAGGAGCUUACGCAGAAUGUGGAUUUCUGGAAGUCCAACUAUCGUGAACUGGAACGCCAAGUCCUGAAUGUCACAAUUCUGCAACAGAAACAUGAAAAGAGAAAGGCUAAAACUGCAGCUCUCAGGGAAUUAAGUACGAAGAAUGUUGCUGUACAAGUUGAUGAAAACAAGACAAACCAUAUGAACCAACUAGGCCAACAGACCACACCCACCAAGGGUAACCAAACAUCUAAGACUCCUACAAAGACUGGAGGAUUCCAGCCCAUGCUUGUAAAAAGCCCAACCUCAGGGGUAGCCACACCCAUCUUGGCGCCACCCCACACAAGUGUCGUACUCUCCAAUAACACUGUGCCUCCUAAACUUACACCUAUGACAGUCACAAAGUUGACACAGAGUUCAGUGACCUCAGGAUCUCCUUGUAUCAUCCAAAGCCUUGCUACAACUACUGCUAUGGCUAGCAAUGCCCUGCCCAAGGCUGUGCUACCAGCGCCUAUUGACCGCUCUGUAAAAACCCUUCUAGACAACAAACGUAUGGUAAUGCCAGCUACCAAGCUAAUGGGGGCCAAUCCUCCAGUUUCCGGACUUAUUCCUGUCUUGGUAACAACCAGCCAGCCCAAUAUGCUGACACGUCCCCCAUUGUUAGCCAAGCCCAGCAAUACUUUGACCAUUUCUGCACCAGGCCAAAGUCGACCUGGUGAUGUGGUGGACUUGACUGGAGAGGAGGAUACAGGUAUGAAGAGAUAUACAACACCUGCUGCCUCGACCAACCUGGUAACAGGUGGUGUUACUCAGGGUAUCCCAGUAGCGUCCGUCCACCAAGGAGGAAUUGUCCCUCAGCAGAUUCUCCGCCCAACUAUCCCCUCUCAAACACAUGGAGUCGCCAGUAACUCAGGGAUCCUUCUCAGCACUCCGGCUGGCACACAAAUAAUGCGUAACCCUCAGCAAACGUUUCAGUUAGUGUUCAACUCUACAUCCCCUGCAAUACGUCCAGGAAGUCUGCUCACAGUUAUGCAGGGCCCUGGUGGAAAUAACCAGAUUAUUCGGCCAAUCAUGACCACAACUUCAGGCCAGCCUCCUCAACUCCGUGCUGCUGCUACCAUACAACCACCAAUACAACGGCCUAACUUGUCGUCAAAGAACGUCGCAUCUUCAAAUGUCAAGAUUAUGACCCGUCCUCCACCACCCCUACAAGUUGCCCCUCCAUCACUCCAGGUUGUUCCACCUGGUAACUCUGCACCCCAACUGAAAGCUCCUGAACCUCACCACCCUGCUCCCCUCCCUGCAGCCUCUGCUGACCAGGUCAAGCCUGGCCAGAAGCCACUGCCCCCCAAACCUACACUCAAGAUCUCAAGAGUCAGCCAAGGUAUUGUGUUGUCAUGGAACAUGACGCUGAACCAGACUCCGCAUGCUGAAGUGGCCUCCUACCAAUUGUUUGCUUAUCAAGAAGGCAGCACACAACCUACCACAGCUCUAUGGAAAAAGGUUGGAGAUGUGAAAGCCCUACCGCUUCCGAUGGCUUGCACUCUUACACAGUUCCAGGAGGGUAACCGAUAUCACUUUGCUGUGAGGGCAGUGGAUGUCCACAAUCGAGUAGGACCUUUCAGUGAACCUAACACCAUUCACCUCACAUCCAAAAAGGAUUAAUACUAUGCAUCUGUGGUGUCUGCUUUAGAAACUGUACAAGAACAAUAUUGGACCUAAAACAACAACACAAGAAAUAUUGGAAGUAUUACCACUGACAAUUAGAAUACAGGACAACAUAUUAGUACUGAUGCUAUUGAGCAAACAGGACACAAAUUUUCAUAUUUUAUGGACAUAGGAAGCGUUUAUAUUGCUCAAAGUGUCAGUCAGCUUUUAUGAAAGAUGCUAAUUUAAAUGUACAAAGACAGUCUUGCCUUUCAGCUAAUAUCCUCUUUUAGGUUUACUCACAAGCAAACAAAGUGUUUUCACAAGUAACUUUAUUAGCUGCUAUACCUAAUAAUUUUAAGAUUCCAUCACUGCCAGACAUGCCAUUCAGCUAUCCGUCUAUGCAGAGAUUUUAUAGGGGACUUGUCACAGAAAAUGGACUUUUGGUAAGGCAGUAGUUUAAAAUACUCUAAGAAUGACAUAUUCUUGCAUGACCAACACUAACAAAUCUCAGGAGUUCCAAUAUUUUACCUCAGGUUUUUAUGGUGAUAUUGGAGAAUGGAAUUGAGCAGUUUGUAAAGGACAUGGUUCAUAUUUACAAAGACACUUUCAUAGAGGCUCUAGUGAAGUUUUCAUUAGAGCUGACACCUGGACUACCUACCUGGACAGACUGAACCUACAGGACAACCUACCUGUACACAGAUGACAGACUGGACCUGGAUUACCUACCUGUACACAGAUGGCAGACUGAACCUACAGGACUACCUACCUGUACACAGAUAACAGACUGAACCUGCACGACUACCUACCUGUACACAGAUGACAGACUGAACCUGCACGACUACCUACCUGUACACAGAUGGCAGACUGAACCUACAGGACUACCUACCUGUACACAGAUGACAGACUGAACCUGCACGACUACCUACCUGUACACAGAUGACAGACUGAACCUGCAGGACUACCUACCUUUACACAGAUGACCGACUGGACCUGGAUUACCUACCUGUACACAGAUGACAGACUGGACCUGGAUUACCUACCUGUACACAGAUGACAGACUGAACCUGGAUUACCUACCUGUACACAGAUGACAGACUGAACCUGGAUUACCUACCUGUACACAGAUGACAGACUGAACCUGGAUUACCUACCUGUACACAGAUGACAGACUGAACCUGGAUUACCUACCUGUACACAGAUGACAGACUGAACUAGGAUUACCUACCUGUACACAGAUGACAGACUGAACCUGGAUUACCUAUCUGUACACAGAUGACAGACUGAACCAGGAUUACCUACCUGUACACAGAUGACAGACUGAACCUGGAUUACCUACCUGUACACAGAUGACAGACUGAACUAGGAUUACCUACCUGUACACAGAUGACAGACUGAACUAGGAUUACCUACCUGUACACAGAUGACAGACUGAACCUGGAUUACCUAUCUGUACACUGAUGACAGACUGAACCUGGAUUACCUACCUGUACACAGAUGACAGACUGGACCAGGAUUACCUACCUGUACACAGAUGACAGACUGGACCAGGAUUACAUACCUGUACACAGAUGACAGACUGGACCUGGAUUACCUACCUGUACACAGAUGACAGACUGAACUAGGACUACCUACCUGUACACAGAUGACAGACUGAACCAGGACUACCUACCUGUACACAGAUGACAGACUGAACCUGAUUACCUACCUGUACACAGAUGACAGACUGGACCAGGAUUACCUACCUGUACACAGAUGACAGACUGAACCUACAGGACUACCUACCUGUACACAGAUGACAGACUGGACCUGGAUUACCUACCUGUACACAGAUGACAGACUGAACCUACAGGACUACCUACCUGUACACAGAUGACAGACUGGACCAGGAUUACCUACCUGUACACAGAUGACAGACUGGACCAGGAUUACAUACCUGUACACAGAUGACAGACUGGACCUGGAUUACCUACCUGUACACAGAUGACAGACUGAACCAGGACUACCUACCUGUACACAGAUGACAGACUGGACCAGGAUUACCUACCUGUACACAGAUGACAGACUGAACUAGGAUUACCUACCUGUACACAGAUGACAGACUGAACUAGGACUACCUACCUGUACACAGAUGACAGACUGGACCAGGAUUACCUACCUGUACACAGAUGACAGACUGGACCAGGAUUACAUACCUGUACACAGAUGACAGACUGGACCUGGAUUACCUACCUGUACACAGAUGACAGACUGAACUAGGACUACCUACCUGUACACAGAUGACAGACUGAACCUACAGGAUUACCUACCUGUACACAGAUGACAGACUGGACCAGGAUUACCUACCUGUACACAGUUGACAGACUGAACCUACAGGACUACCUACCUGUACACAGAUUUGAGCCUUUAACCAGACCAUUGCUAUCAAAAUAGUGAACAUUUGCAUGAUUCCGAUUAGUUAUUUUGUAUUCCUGGUUUAGAAGAAAAUUUGCUGGGACAGUUGGGUUGAUCAGGUAAAUUGUUAAUGAUAAAUUACACUUGUCAACAACUGAAAUUAUAUAAUAGCUGCUUAAUAAGGGUAUUGUGAGACUAUGAUACUGUGUUUACUAUAGAGUUUGGCAGUGUUAGUAUGAUCUAUUUAUUGGACAUGAAUGUAUACCGUAUGUCGACAUUUGUGAGGAGAACAGAUGUAUAUACAUGUGUGAAGUUGGUAGUAGACUAUUUAUAAACAUGUACAUAACUUUUGGACCAGAUAUUCUAUUAUAACUCGGAAUAUGAAUUGACAGUAUGGGAGUAUGACAAAGUAAAUCAUGUCACUUCUUAUUUUAAUAGAGUGUAAGGGCAUUUCUUUGUUCCUAAAUAAUGUAUAUAUAUUAUAUUUUAUUGUAUAUACUUAUUCUCAAUUUUUUCGUUUUUUAAUGUGUCCAAAAUUAAAUUUUCCAGAAAUGGCUUACAUGUUAUUUUACUGUUUGUACAUUGAAAAACAUUAAAAUAAUUAUUUAGAUGACUUAA